AUGGGUGUCUCCACCGAAGUCCCGCAGACCGUCGAGUGGGCGGGGAAGCGCGUCCCCAUCUACCCCAUGGAGACUGUCGACUUCGGACGAGUCCUUUCCCAGGAGCCCGCUGAGCUCGAGAACCUGCUCCGAUGCUGUCGCGAGUCCGGCUUCUUCUACCUGGACCUCGACAGCCUCGAUGGCCAGAGAUUCCUCGAUGACCAGCACCAGACGCUGAAGAUGAUGCACCGCUACUUCGACCACCCCAUUGAGGAGAAGAACGAGCUCGGCCUCGUCACCGCACACCUUGGCUACGAGGGCGUCGGCUCCCGCACCGGCGGUCUUCCCAACACCAGAGACGGAUAUGAGAUGUUCAAGGUCUCCAGAGACGAGAUCCAGCGCAAGGACCCCAAGUUCCCCGCCAUCCUCAAGAACGACACCGACAAGCGCGUCCUCCGCAAUGCCAUCUCCGGCUCCAACAUCGUCACCAAGGCGAUCCUCUCCGGUCUCUCCUCCGCGAUGGGCCUCACCGGCGCCUCCCGCUACGAGAACGCCCACCGCAACGACCGCCCCUCCACCUCCACCCUGGCCAUGAUGCACUACGUCCCGGCCGAUCCUCUCAAGGACAAGGAGAUCGGCCACCAGAAGCACACCGAUAUCUCCUCCCUGACACUCCUCUUCGCCGAGGAGUGGGGCCUGCAGAUCCGCCCUCCCGGAACCAAGGAGUUCGGCUUCGUCGCCCCCAAGCCCGGCUGCGCCAUCAUCAACGUCGGCGACUCGCUGCGCUUUGCUAGUGGCCACACCUUCAUGUCCUGCAUCCACCGUGUCGUGCCCUUCCGCCCGGAUGAGCACCGCUACUCCAUUGCUUACUUCCUCCGUGCCGAGAACGACACCAUGUUCAAGGACAGCGAGGGCCGCUACAUCACUGCUGGCCAGUGGCACGACGAGAAGUUCUUCCUGUUCAAGGCUACCCCUGAUAUCCAGGCUCUUGCCCCGCCGUCUAUGCUGUACGGUGGCAUGUCUGCCGAUGAGGAGUGGACCCCGUACUCCCAGCCUGAGCUGGCCAAGGCGAAGGUUGAGGACGUCCAGAAGGAGCCCUUGGUGAAGGAGGCCCUGGUCGAGGCUCACUAA